AUGUGGACUGUGCACGAAGAUGAAUAUAAAACUGCAGAGUUGAAUAUCGCAGGUCUUCUGCAAAAGGGUUUGAAUGAAGAUGAAGACAAGACGACGAAACCAAUCGGCAUUUACACUAAAUGUUCACAGGUGUUUGCUACGCCUUCCGUGACUCCAACCGACAACACACCAUUGAAUAGUCACAAACAUAAUCCCAAUACCUCGUGGACUCGCAACCACACUCCCAUUAGUUCUCCUAUUCCAAAUGGUUUGUUUAGCCAACCACAAGCUGCAUCACCUCCUCAAUUGAGCGUCAUGCGUGUAGAUGCCCCUCCGUUUGAGCCUUCACCAAGUUGUGUCGCAGCGACCAUCCCUUACGCUGCUCCAUCACCAUUGAGUAAACGGGGGAUGACUCCUACACAUAUGCAACGCACCAACGCUCCUGAACAUCGAAAUUUGCACAUGAUACUAUCAAUGGAAGAUGUAACGAGUAGAGAAAAAGAGAGAAAUGGAUCCCAAUACGUGGAUUGGAAUAGCCACCCUGUAAAUCCGUACCAUCCGCAUGUUGUGGGACGUACCUAUGGCAGUUGCGUUACUGCUGAAAGCCUACGGGGUACUGUUUAUGAAACAGCAAAGGAUCAGCAUGGAUGCCGAUUUCUUCAGCGUUUAUUGGGAGAACCAGGUGGAGAUGGAGAAAUUGCUCGUGUUAUUAUGAACGAAAUUGUUCCUCACGUUGCAGAGUUAAUGACAGAUCAGUAUGCCAAUUUUCUCGUCCAAAAACUUUUUGACAUUAUGCCUCAUGAUGUGCGAUACAAUGUUGCCCGUGUUGCUGCUCCACAGAUUACUGUUAUAGCACUCACUCCACACGGGACUUUCAGUGUACAAAAAAUGGUUGAAACGAUUGCCACACGUGAAGAAAUGGAAAUUCUUCGUGAGGCUCUGUCAAAGGAUGUUGUUCGAUUGGUAAAGGAUGCCCAUGGUAAUCAUGUUAUUCAGAAGGUGCUACAACGAUUUAAUCACAAUGAUAAAGAGUUUAUCUAUGCUGCGGUAGCCGCGGAUUGUGUAACCAUUGCAAAAAAUAAGCAAGGUUGUUGUGUUCUUCAGCGUUGUCUCGAGUAUGCAUCGAAUUCACAGAGGACCGCCCUGGUGGAGCGUAUUUUAAGCUGCUGCCUGCAGAUUGCUGAAGAUCCCUUUGGGAACUAUGUUCUACAGUAUGUACUGGAGUCAAAAGACAGUAAAGCAACGGAUACUAUUGCAAUCGCGUUCCUUCCGCAUUUAGUACAACUCUGUAUGAAUAAGUUUAGCUCCAACGUAAUGGAGAAGGUGCUUCGUGGGGCAUCACAGCCAGUGCAGGACAUGUACGUAGAAACCAUGUGCUCUCAAGAAGUUGUCUCUCGACUCAUUCAGGACGAUUUUGGUAAUUACGUGCUUCAAACUGCACUCACCAUUUGCUCACCUGCACAGGCGGAGACGCUUGUUUCCGUUGUCCGCCCCCUCAUGCCCAGCAUUAGGAAUGCCCCGUACGCGAAGAAACUGGAGGGGAAGAUUGAGGGAAUCAUCCAGCGGACCGCCAACGGCCGAAACACUGCCGUGGACUACGACAGCAGUCGACCACUCGAUACACAGAGACCAAAGUAUGAAGUUGUGCAGUCCAACCACGAGCGUUAUCACAGCAGGGAGCCGCAUACCGCACCCCACCAGCAGCUCUCCGGUUGA